AUGCCUUACUGGGAGGCCUUCCGGGUGCCCUUCCUAACGUCGUUCGUGGUCCGGUUAGGAGAUUCGAACGCUGGACUUCUGCGCUGGGAGCCCUCACUCCUUCUCCACUCAACCUCCAAUAUCCACUCCACUCAACCCCCAGUUCACUCUCCACUCAGCAACCAGUUCCCUCUCCUCUCAGCCCUCACUCCCUCUCCACUUAGCCCCGAGUUCCCUCUCCACUCAGCCCUUACUCCCUCUCCAGUCAUCCCCCAGACCCCUCUCCAGUCAGCCCUCACUCCUUCUCCACUCAACCUCCAGUUCCCUCUCCACUCAUCCCCCAGUCCCCUCUCCACCCCGAGUUCCCACUCCACUCAGCCCCCAGUUCCCUCUCCACUCAUCCCCCAGUCCCCUCUCCAGUCAGCCCUCACUCCCUCUCCACUUAGCCCCGAGUUCCCACUCCACUCAGCCCCCAGUUCCCUCUCCACUCAGCCCUCACUCCCUCUCCACUCAGCCCCCAGUUCUCACUCCACUCAGCCCCCAGUUCUCACUCCACUCAGUCCUCACUCCCUCUCCACUCAACCUCCAAUUCCCACUUCACUCAGCCGUCACUCCCUCUCCACUCAGCCCCCAGUCCCCUCUCCAGUCAGCCCUCACUCCCUCUCCACUCAACCUCCAAUUCCCACUUCACUCAGCCCCCAGUUCCCUCUCCACUCAACCUCCAGUUCCCUCUCCACUCAGCCCUCACCCUCCCACUCUCCACCCAACCUCCAGUUCCCUCUCCACUCAACCUCCAGUUCCCUCUCCACUCAGCCCUCACUCCCUCUCCAUUCAACCUCAGUUCCUCUCCACUUACAUCCAGUUCCCUCUCCACUCAGCCCUCACUCCUCUCCACUUAACCCCAGUUCCCUCUCCACUCAGCCCCCAGUUCCCUCUGCACUCAGCCCUCACUUCCUCUCCACUCAGACCCCAGUUCCCUCUCCACUCAGCCACCACUCCCUCUCCACUUCCCUCUCCAGACCCCAGUUCCCUCUGCACUCAGCCCUCACUCCCUCUCCACUCAGACCCCAGUUCCCUCUGCACUCAGCCCUCACUCCCUCUCCACUCAGACCCCAGUUCCCACUCCACUCAACCCUCACUCCCUCUCCACUCAAACUCCAGUUCCCACUCCACUCAGUCCUCACUCCCUCUCCACUCAACCUCCAGUUCCCACUCCACUCAGCAGGAUCGCGAGACUGGUGGUGA